AAAGUUGUGAGCAUUUUUUGUCAAACAUAUAAAAAACUUUUUUAUGAAUAUUUAUUUUGGAUGCCACACCGAAGGAAGUGCACUGUGCGGAAUUGCUGCUUCUGUGUAUCGUUGUACUGUGGCAGCAUUUUGGUCUCGUUUUACACCAUCAUGUCAGGACUGCUAAAUGCGGCUACCUUAACCGAUGAACUUAUCUUCAGGAAAUAUUCCAGCACUGAUGAAUGGAUCAAGUGGUUCAAUAUACUCCACGUUUGUCUAAUGAUUGGGGCCGCAGUUCUGCUGCUGGUGGCCGUUAUGACUAAUCACAAAUUAUCAAUGCUGAUAUGGAUGGGACUGUUUGUGGUGCACAUAAUUGCGUAUUACAUUGCCUUCCAUGCCAUGGUAAAUGUGCGAAAUCCCUUUUUCGGUAAUACGCUAUCCGCCGCCAUAUAUGUGUGCGUUAUACUGCUGACCCUGGCCAUUGAUAUAUUCUGCCUGAUUGUUGUCUAUUCACGAUAUAACGAACUGAAGAAUCCACAUGAUUUUAUAUCAAAAUGUGUAGACCACAACUAAAAGCUAACGAAGUGAUACCCAGUCUAUAUGUUCGUUCCACAGCUAAGCGCCCAUGGCAAUAUGUGUAUGUAGAUGCAUUAAAGAUGCUCUUCU